AUGGGUUCAUUACCCGCAGGACGAGUAACCGUUUCUAAACCAUUUUAUCACACCGGUAUGGAUUACGCCGGGCCGUUGUUGGUGCGUGAGGGUAAGCGGCGCAAUGCUCGUCACAAUAAAGCGUACGUAGCAAUAUUCGUCUGUCUAGCAACAAAGGCGGUUCAUAUCGAGCUUGUGAGCGACCUGACUUCCGACGCCUUCAUCGCGGCACUAAAGCGCUUCGUUUCACGCAGGGGCAAGCCAGCGUGUUUGUAUUCCGACAAUGGCACCAAUUUUGUGGGGGCUAAAAAUCAAUUAAGAGAUCUCUACGAUGCAUUAUUGCGCGAUGACUUGCAACCAGAUAUCAGGAACUUUCUUACGCAGCAGGAAACUUCCUGGAAGUUUAUUCCGCCUCACGCCCCACAUUUCGGUGGGCUGUGGGAGGCGGCCGUUAAAUCGGCAAAAACCCAUUUGGGUAGAAUCGUUGGUCAAGCGCGAUUGACAUUCGAGGAAAUGCAGACCGUGUUGUGCGAGGUAGAGGCGGUCUUAAACUCGCGGCCCAUAACGCAGUUAAGCACGGAUCCGAAUGACUUGAUGUACCUUAGCCCCGGACACUUUUUGGUUGGCACCCCUCUGAAUAGUUUCCCUUCUCGCGACAUAUGCGAUGUUAACGAGAAUCGUCUGGUAAGAUGGCAGCGCAUAGAGCAGCUUAGGCAACACUUUUGGCGCAGAUGGAGUACGGAGUACAUACACUCUUUACAGGAGCGCCAGAAGUGGAAGAUCAAUAAGGGUCGACAAUUAAAGAUGGGCCAACUAGUGCUAUUGAAGCAGCAAGGCUUAACUCCAUUACAUUGGUUGCUAGGUCGAAUAAUACAGGUCCAUGCGGACUCUGAAGGUAAUGCGCGCUCUGCCACUAUCAAGACGGCCUCGGGUAGCGUAGUUAGACCACUGUCAAAAAUUGCGAUACUACCCAUCGAGACUUGA